GGCGCAGUGUCAGUGACAGCCGCGGUGCUGCAGUGCCGGUGUCCCCUGUGUCACCGCCAGCCCCGUGCCCACCCGAAGGCGGGGGAGCCCCGAGCGGGCGCUGCGGCCGUGCCCCGGCCCGUGGGUGCUGCCCGCCGAGGGCCCGGAGCUCCCGCCCGCCGGGCCCGGGCCCGCCCCCGCCGCUAAAGCGACGUGUCCGGGGCAGCGCCGGCCCUGCGGAGCCGCUGCCUGCGGGGUCGGACAGCGCUGCCGGGGGUGCCGGGGCCGGGCCCGGGCCCUGCUGACACCCCCGGCUCGCUCACAGGACACACAGCACUCCCUCCCUGUUGCCCCCACAGCCCUCGCUGCUUGUUCCUGCCUUCCCCUGGGGCUCGGCCGCGUUGCCCCUUGGGCCUCGGGCGCGUUCUCAGCAGCAGGUGGAGUGCAGCACUCCCCAGCAGUGCACCUUGUGCUUGGGCAGGGAAGCUCCCUCUCCUCUGUGCUGUCCUGUAGCUGUGUCCUUUCUGCCAACACAUUGAUAAUUAAUACCAGUCCAUCCAACAAAACAUGAAGACUAGAACCAAAGGAAAGAAACAAAGGCCAACUGUUGACAAAGAAGCAUUUUCCGAAGAGCCAGCAAUGAGAAAAAAGGAACUGGUGAAAUGCUUGCGACGCAAAGAAAGGAGGAAUGGGGGAAACAAGGAGAGCAGCAAGGUCUCCACAGGCAGAGGCAAGUGUCCUUGGAGCAACAAGGACAGGCUCCUGAGGAGGCUGGAGAGCAACGAGCGUGAGAGGCAGAGGAUGCACAAGCUCAACAACGCCUUCCAGGCCCUGCGCGAGGUCAUCCCUCACGUCAGAGCCGAGAACAAACUUUCCAAAAUAGAGACUCUGACACUGGCCAAAAACUACAUUAAAUCCUUGACCUCCAUUAUCCUCAAUAUGUCCAAUGGACACAUUCCAGCAGUAGAAGGGAUAGCAGGAGCCCGGGGAUCCAAAUUGUACCAGCAUUGUCAACAGCAGCAUGGGGAGGAUGACCGUGAGGAACAUCUGCAGAAAUAUUCCACAUAGAUUCAUAACUUCAGCCAAAACACCAACUGCCAGCUACUACUGUCAUUGUUUUUCCUUUAUGCAUCAUAAUACAUGUCAUUACCUAGUGGCUUAGAAAGAUUCUUUUUACCUCCAGUCUCUCCUUUUUUUUUUUUCCUUAAAAAGCCAAACAGGUAACACUCAUGGCUAUAGUUUAUAUGGCACAUUCAAAAAUUACCUUAAACCCUCAGAAUUUUUCAGAGCAUAAUGAAUGUGUUUCUGUGGUGUGCCAGGGUCUGGAAACCUAUCCUAUAACACUGGAGUUGACUUGAAAUAAUGAUUUAGUAACUUCUGAAAAUUAUCCUACCUGGACUAGAGUGAGUUGAGCCUUCCAAGUCUGUGUCACCUGAGUUCCUUGUUGAGAAUCUUGGCUGUACCUCUGUUCACCAGCCUUUCAAUGACUCAUCUCCCAUGCUAGAGAAGAUUAAAAUUGAUGACAGCAUUUGACUGACUUGGUGACUGAAGUGGCACAUAUGGGAAACUGGUCACCAAAUCUGAAUAUUUAUCUUGAUAUUUAACUUCUUUGGAUCUCUCCUGGUAAUUUUGAACCUUACAAGGCAUAAAACAUUUGUUGAUAAAAACAUCUGCAAAGCUUUCUUAGAUUGUAAGCUCUCUAGAGUAAGGACAGUUCUGGUCUGUGUUUCCAGAGCAUCUGGCCUCAUGGGGAUUUUCUUUAGUGGGUGUCUGGGUGCCAUUGUAAUACAAAUAAUAAAUAAGGGACAAAUUACUUACUUUUGCCAAGACAAUUAUAAAAAUGCUUUAGUGUAGUCUUAAGUUAGACAAUGCUCUGGCCAGUUUAAAUUAUUUGCUAAUGAAGUCUGUGAUGUGAUCAGAUUCUUUCUGGUUUAGUGUUAGAUUCUGAUACUAUAAACCAAUAAAUGAAGCAGAAACUCUUCAAAAAGAAAAAUGAGCUUUUUUUCCCCCCUCCCGCAUCCCUUUCUGUGGUAAAAAGUUGUAUUUUAUGUCAGUGAGGAACUCUCAUUUCUUCUUGUAUUCUCACACCUGGGGCACCUGAAGCUGGAGUGGCCUCAGUUGGAAGUGUGGUGCCCAUGGAGCCCCUGUGUCACAGCUCCCCCUCCCCACAUGCCCCAUGGAAGAGGAGGCUGCUGCACUGUCUGUGAUGGCACAGGAAACAUUUGGCCCUCAUGCAUCACUAUGAUUGAUAAUGGUUUGUGUUGUGGUCCUUUUCCUGCAGAGGAAGGCUGUCCAAGGAGGAAUGGGGGCUGAGGAAGAAUGUGUGAUUAUCAAAUCCAUCACAAAAGGACUGUGCUGCUGCCCUGUGCAGUUUGGAAUGUGUUUGUAGUUUGCUGCAGCACAGCUGAGGGGAUGACAAUGUAAUUCAGAAUGAACGGUGAGGCUUCCCACACAGGCUGGUAAGGGAUGUGAAUUUUCUUUCUCCACCACAGCAAUAUAUAGCUAUGAUGUAGAACAAUACAAUAGUCUAUACAUGUGGUUGCCUACUGGAGAAAACCCUUGGAUCCUGCCUCAGCUGGAAUUAACUUAGUUGUUAAACUGUUAUCACAUUAAAAUAAAUGUAAUUAAGCCCCUCUUGUACUCAAAUGUUAAUGAAAGAAUUGCAGAGUCUCUUAGAGAUUUAACUUGUCAUUACAGUGCUGGAUCUUACUCCAUUCACAAGCUGCCCCGUGUGGGUGAAUUAACCCUCAGUGUAUUUAUACACUGAUUACAAGGGGUCAGGCAGUAACACCAAGGCCUUUUCUUCCAGGAAUCCCAC